GCUUUUUGUUUUCUCUUUUCUCUCCUUCGUGCCUCCGUUUGUGGGAGAAUGCCGGGAUGCCGGUACACCGCCGUGCGGCAGUAAAGCAGAUGUGGUGAGCGGUAAACGUGGCUAAACACUUGCCGCUGGUCACGUAAUUGUUUCCUGCACCAUCGUCUCAAAAUCCUCCUACGAAGAGCAUUCUUCUCUAAGCCGAUUUUUUAGUAGAACAUAAAAAAAUGGCGCCCCAACCGAAACCACAAGAAGUUGGACACCUUUAUGCUGGUGACUACGUUCCCAACCAAGACCGAAGUAAGAGAGGAGUUAACGCGAUUUUAUUGGGACCACCUGGAGCAGGUAAAGGAACACAGUGUCCUCUAUUACGGAAGGAAUACUGCGUUUGCCAUUUAUCAACAGGCGACCUGUUGCGAAGUGAGGUGAACUCUGGCUCGGUACUAGGUCGACAAUUAAAGGAUACUAUGCAGAAGGGAAACCUUGUGAGUGAUGAUGUUGUUGUCAACCUGGUCAAGAAGAGCUUGGAUACCCCAGAAUGCAAGAACGGAUUUCUUUUGGAUGGAUUUCCCCGAACAAUUACCCAAGCAGAGAAGCUGGAUGAAAUGUUGAAGAAGCGGAAUAGUCCAUUGGACUCUGUGGUAGAGCUGGCAAUUGAUGACAAGCUGCUCGUGAAGAGGAUAUCUGGACGACUAACACACGUACCUAGUGGCCGAACGUAUCACGAGGAGUUCAACCCACCCAAGAAGUACAUGACAGAUGAUGUGACUGGAGAGCCACUAGUACGGAGGUCCGACGACAACGUAGAAGCUCUCGAACGUCGCUUACAAUCGUACCACAAGGUGACAACACCGUUGGUCUCUUACUAUCAGAAGCAAGGGCUGCACACGCGAAUUGACGCCACAAAGCCUCCGAAGGAGGUUUUUGAAAAGAUCAAGGGCAUCUUUGAUGCAGCAAAGAAGAAAGACUACGUCAUGUUUCUUUGAUGCUCAUGAUCUUUGGCAAUUGCUGUGGCUGAUAGCUGGGUAAAUAAAAGUUAUUUUGAAUGGCAA